UUAUCUACAAAUAGAGAUAUUUAACUUCUUCAGUUACCAAAAUUUUUUUCUUUUUAACCUAUUGUUAUAGCUAAUAUUCCUAAAAUUACAUCAAAUACAAGCAGUGACAAUGAAUAUAUCCCCAUUUCAUACUUGUUUUUAGUGGAAAUCUGAAUGUAUACAAAUAUGCAACUAGACUUCAUAAGGCCUUUUCAAAGUACUUCCAUCAUUUGGUGGAGAAGACAAGUACAGUCAGUCCUUUCCCCAUCUCACAGAAGGAAAUUUGAGUCCCAGCCUGGUUUAAGUGACUCUUCUCAGGUCACCUAGCACCCGCCUACAGCCAGGAUUAGAUCUCUCUUUCAGAAAUUCAUAGCCUUCCAGUGCUGACUGGGUUUUUCAUCUCUCUUCCCCCUCUGCCCCCCAUGCCUUUUUCUCCAUUUUCUUCUCAUUUUUUGCUUCCUCUCACUCUUUCCCCCUCUUUGCUCUCUUCUUUUCCCUCUUUCUCAUAUUCUUUAGGGAAGAGAAGUUGCCAAUUUUUAAGCAUUGCUAGGCUUUCUGUGGCCCUCUAGUGACCCUUUUAAAGACUGUGCACCCCUGAUCAGUAGAUUCAGGUAGGCUUAGGUAUCCAGAGCCUUAAGAAGCCCAGUAAUAUACCAAGGAAUAUGGAAAGACUUACCUGAAUUGAUGCAGAGUCAAUAGAAAGAACCAGGAAAUAAUAUAUACAGUGUCUGAAACCAGAAUGGAAAAAACAAUAAUAAAUUUUAAAUUGAAUAUUGCAAAAAAAGAUAAUGACCAAACUUGAUCUCUAGAGAAGAGAUGUAAAAAGGUACUUCCCCUCUUUUUUUUCCCAGAGAUGGGAGAAUAUGGAUGUGGAGCAUUGAAUAUAUCAGAAUUUAUCAAAAUGAUGGUUAAUUUUACUAACCUAUAUUCCCUCCCCCCCUUUUAUUCUUUUUUUUUUAACCCUCAUUUUCCAGUCUUAGAAUCAAUAUUGAAUACUGGUUCCAAGGCAGAAGAGUGAUAACAGCUAGUAGGCAUUAGUUAAGUGACUUGCCCAAGGUCACAUAGCUAGGAAGUGUCUGGGGUCCUAUUUGAACCCAGGAUCUCCUGGCUCUCAAUUCACUGAGCCACCUACUUGCUCCCCUCUCUUUUAUUCUUUAUCACAGGGGUUCCUAACCUUUCUUUGUGUUAUGGAUCCCUUUUGCUUGUAGUGACCCCAGCCCCAAAUAAUGUAUUUUAAAUGAAUAAUAAUAAUAGCUAGCAUAGAUAGAUAGAUAGGUUUAUAGGUUUAUAGAAUACUUUUAGAUAUUUAGAUAACUCAUUAUAUCCUCAUAACAAUACAACCCUGUGAUUUGUAGUGCUGUUAUUAUCCCCAUUUUACAAAUGAGAAAGUAGGCACAAAAAUAUUAAGUAAUUUCCCCAAGGUCUCACAGUUACUUAAGAGUUGGAAUCUGAAUUUGAACUCAAGUCUUCCUGACUCCAAGACCUUCAUCUUUAUUCACUAUGGCUCCUAGUUACCAAUUAUUGAAAUAUUAUCAAAAUAUCUAAAACAAUAAGUUCAUACCCUAGCUGUGUGACCCUGGGCAAGUCAGUUAACCCCCAUUGCCUAGCCCUUUCCACUCUUCUGCCUGAGAACCGAUACACAGUAUUGAUUCUAAGAUGGAACAUCAGGUUUAAAAUUUUUUUAAAUUUUUGUUAAUAAAUAAGUUCAGACUCUAGGUUUACAACUCCUACUUAGGAAUGGGAGAACAGGGAGAAAGGAGGAUACAUUGGGAAAUGUAGGUGAUAUAAAAACCAAAGAUAUACCUAAAUAUAUUUAAAACAAAAACAUAAAAUACCAUUAUUGAAAGCAAUUAGAAAAUAUUUCUAGAACGGUUCCUUGCCCACAGCCCAAACACUUUAGUUAUGGCCUAAUUUCUUUCAGUCCUUAGAGAGGUUAGAAUCAAAGAUGCCCUUACCCAGGGCUCUCAGCACUGGGUCUUCUGAAGACUAACAGAGUAAUUGCUGUCUUAGAGCUGAUAGUAUAAAGGAGGCCUGAGGUAUGGGUGUAUAAGGGCAGUCACUCUUUUCCCAUGUGCCUCUUGGCUGAUAUAGUUUCCUUGUAAAUGUCAUCCAAUUAACACAUGAAAGAGGAUGAAUUUGGAAUCAAAUCAUCAGGGUUGCUAUCAUGCCCUUCUGCAGCAUACUGUGCUCACUCCCUGUGUAACCUUUGAAAAAGCCAUCUAACCUCUUGGACCCAGACAGAAUGUAAGCUCCUUGAGGGUAGGGACUGUACUUUUUUUGGUUAAUACGCUCAAUGCCUGCUCACAAUAGGGUCUUUUAAAUAUGUAUUGGUUCAUGGCUCUUAUGGAUAUGUUUUACAUGACUUCAUAUGUAUAUUCAAUAUCCUAUUGCUUGCCUUCACAAGGGCUGGGGGAAGAAUGGGAGGGAGAGAAUUUGGAACUCAAAAUUUCAAAAAAUGUAUGUAAUGGGGAAGCUAGGUAGCACAGUGGAUAGAGCCCUACACCUGGAUUCGGGAGGACUUGGUUUCAAAUCUGGCCUCAGACACAUCCUAGCUGUGUGGCCUUGGGCAAGUCACUUAACCCGAAUUGCCUAGCCCUCGCUACUCUUAGCCUUGAUACUAAGACAGAAAGUAAAGUUAGAAGGGGAAGGGGGAAGAAAUGUUACAUGUUUUCAAAUAUAAUUAGAUAAUAUUGAAUGUAAUACAUUUUAGAAAUUAAAAAAAUAAAUACACGUUGGUUGGUUGGGCCCCAGGGUCUUUCAUCUAUAAAACGAGGAAUUGGACUUUUUGAAUCUUUGAACUCUAAGAUCUCUUCCAACUGGCAAUACUGAGUUGGAUUAAUGUGCUUUCUGGCAUGGUGUGGGGGACCAUCCAGGUCCAUUUUACAUUGGUGGGAGGUUUCUCGGGAGAGAAGGGAGUUGGGUGUAGAUGAGGAAGCUGGUUUAGGAGUUGGCAUGGUAGAAGCAGACCUAAGGGGCAGAGAAAACUUGUUUGACUGGAGUGGAGGAAAGGAGAUGUGUGGGUGGUGGAAGGGGGAGACUCAAGAUCUGAAAGUGGAGUUACGUCUGCUUUGGAACAGGUCCAAUUCUCCUCACCAAAUGAGGGAAUCAAUGUCCCACCUUCUAGCUGUUCUCUGCCUUUACUAGGCUUCUGUCCUUGGCUGAAGUUAAGAAGGGACCCACAAUAGAAGAGGGCUUCCUAUCAGGGCUUGGGCCAAGUGGUCUGCUGGGGUUAGUUUCUCCCAUGACUGGUUUUUCCCUUGGAGGAUGAGGGGAGAUUCUUGCACUGAAAAGGCUCAGAGGUUCCUGGGCGUCCUUUCCUUCACCAAGGCCCAAGUUGAUCUGGAUCCAUUUAUCUGGCCUCUCUGGUCCCCCUACACACUUUGGGGGCUCUUGAGGGGACAGAUGGCCCUUUCCUAAGGAAGGAGCAUGGCUAAAAGUGCCCCAGGAAGGCCAUCCAGCUUUUGGCUCCUUGGCUCGUCCUUCAUGCCAGACACUGACCCUGCAGCAUUGUCUUUCUGCUUGGGUUUUCUGUCACCUGGGAGGACGUGGAUGCUUAGAUGAAAGCCUUGCUUUUCCUGGGGAAGCCCUGCCAUGUGUUCCUUGAGGUUUUACCUCAAGUCAAGUGAGGCUUUUUGAAUAAAGCCUUGAGUUGGGAGCCCAGGAUGCCUGGGUUUUUAAUCUUGGUUUUCUGAUUGUCAGAUUCUGGGAAAGCCCCUUCUUUUUGGAGCGUUGGUCUAUCUGGCUUCCCAGGGGCCCCAGAGGAAGGACUGGACCUCCCUGACACCUGGAAGGUUUAGCCUGGGAAAAGAUGCAAAGUCCCCUUCCAGCCCCAGGGAAUCCAGCUCAGGAUUUGUGGCUUCCCACCUCUUGUGUGUUUCUGAGCACCUAGCUAGGAUGGAGAGGCGCCUCCCUCUCCAGGCGCUGCCCCCUGACCCCCUGCCCAACCCCAGCGGAAAUGUGCCAGGCACUUCAUCCUGCACUGUACCCCUGAACAGGGCCUGGAGAGAGACCCCUGAGCCAGAGCACCUCGGGGGACCCAACACUGGGACCCAUUGGGAAGGAGUCAAAGCUCUCUCUUCCCUUUGUUCUUGACUCUGGCCUCCGACUCCACACUGGCACGGACCUGGCCAGCCUAGCAAGGGCCCACCCCGAUCCCAGGUGCAGGCCUCUGAUUGGGGGAGCCCUCUCUCCUGUGGCCACCCUUUCCAAAUUAGAGGAGCUUCAUCACUAGGAAAUGUUUCCUUCUCUCAAGCUUAAACCUGUCCCUUAUAGCUUCCACGAGUUGUUUCUAGUUCUGCUCUCAUGGCUCAAGAGACGAAUCCCCUCUUCUUCAAGAGGGCCCUUCCAGGACUUAAAAAUAGUAUCAGCCCCCCCUCCCCUGCCGGAGUCUUCUUUUUGCAGGCCGCUCAUCCCCCCAGUUCCUUUAGCCUAACUUCUUCUGGCCUGAAGUUAAGACCCUGGUGGUAGUGGUUAAAGAGCCGGUUGGUUUUUGUUUGAUCAGUGUUGAUAGGUGGGACAAUUCUUUUUUAAAAAUCCCUUACCUUCCAUUUUAGAAUCACUACUGCGUCUUGGCUCCAAGGCUAGGCAGUGAGGGCCAAGGGACUUGUUCAGGGUCACCCAGCCAGGAAGUGUCCGAGGCCACCUUGGAGCUGCCAUUGGUGCCACCAGCUGUUGGGACAGUGUUCACCAGGCAGAGGCGAGCCGUCCCUUUCCCCCUUUGUCUUCCCCAGCGUGGGACUCCCAGUGCAGAAGCUGAAAUGAGUCAGGGUCCUGGAGGUUAGUCAUUAGCCUGGAGGCUGGGCAUCCCUGAGGACAAGCAUCUCCCCUGGCUCUAGAAACAUCCGAUGCCCAGCCUGCUGGCGAGCAGCCUCCGCCCUGGGGAAGGCCCUUCACUGGGGGUAGUGCAGCGCCUGAAGGAAUGCAAGCCUGUGCGCCCGGGGUCCAGCUCCCCUUCUCUGCCCCAUUUGGAUCCUGGGGUGGAGCCUCCGAUCCCAGGUGUGUGCUCCAGGCCGGGCUUGCCAGGUGUCCCUCCCCAGCGCUGGCUCCCGGCCUCUCCAGGUCUGGGCUUGUCUGCCUGGCUGCUGCUGCUGCUGCCGCCGCCACUGCUGCUGCUCUCAGGUGCUGGUGCUGGAGUGGAGGGGGGACGCCUGGAGGGAGGCCGGGGCGCAGAACCCCCCCCAGACUGGAGGCAGUGGCCCUCCCUCCCCUGCCCCCACCAUGGGCCUGGGCCACCCUGCCUCCUGAGCAUGGAGCGGGGCUGGCCCCGGGGUGACAGCUGCAGCAGGGAGCGGCCCCGGGGCGCCAGUGGCCGCACCCUCAGCGCCUCUGACUCGCUGGACCUGCAGGACUCCUCUGCUGGCUGGGCCAUCCAGGCUGCCCUGUGCGCCGCCAGGGAGCAGCCCCCUCGGCCCAAGAGCUACUGCUCUGCCCAUCCGGGGGUGCCUCCAUCCGGUGCCCGGAGCCUUCUCCUGAGCCUCCUCCGCCCACGUACCCCCCGGAGCCCGUCUGACAGGCUUCCUGCCUGUGCCCACCCAGAGCCCCCUGCAGCGGCCCCGAGUCCCGGCCCCGAGCCCCUCCGCAGGAGCCGGGGCCUGGGAGAGAAGACGCCUCGGCCCCGGCCCACCAGCAUGACGUUCCUGGAGGUGAACCGACUGGAGCUUUCAGGAGCUGAUGGGAGUGGUGGGGGCCUAGGCCGGGCGGGGAGCUCGGGCUUUUUGAGGGGCAGCUCGCUCUGGAGCAGUCAGCGUUGGCAGGUAUUCCGGGGGAGCAGCGGGCGGAGCGCCGAUUCUCCCCGAAAAGGCUUUUCGGCCUUGAGGAAAAGCUUCAGCUUCCGACUCCGUCGGGGCCAGGAGAUUAGGCGCUCCGAGUCAGGACUGCUACCCCGGCCCCGGGUUCGAACCAAAAGCGACGGUGAUGCCAGUUCUUUGCAUGCCUUUCCCAGCCGACGGGACCUGCUGUACCCCGAGGGUAGGCAGGUGGCCCCAGACUCCACCCGAUCCAGCACAGGUGCCAGCCUCUGGAGACUCCUCACCAGCCGCUUCCGCCGGAGAGAGUCUGGGUCAGCCGGAACCCCGCUGCCCCGAGAGCCCCUGUGGAGUCGGCGGGCUGCCACGGCCCCGGUCCUCCUGGGGGUCCAGAGUUCCCCGCUGCCUUCGGACUCAUUUGUCAAUAGCCAAGAAUGGACCCUGAGCCGAUCUGUCCCUGAGCUUAAAGUGGGCAUUGUUGGGAACCUGUCUAGCGGGAAGUCGGCUCUGGUGCAUCGAUAUUUGACAGGGACCUAUGUCCAGGAGGAGUCCCCAGAAGGGGGCCGAUUUAAGAAGGAGAUUGUGGUGGAUGGCCAGAGCUACCUGCUGCUGAUACGAGAUGAGGGAGGACCCCCUGAGCUCCAGUUUGCUGCCUGGGUGGAUGCUGUGGUGUUUGUGUUCAGCCUGGAGGAUGAGAUCAGCUUCCAGACGGUGUACAACUAUUUCCUUCGGCUCUGCAGCUACCGUAGUGCCAGCGAGGUGCCCAUGGUCCUGGUGGGCACUCAGGAUGCUAUCAGCGCCGCCAACCCCCGAGUGAUUGAUGACAGCCGGGCCCGAAAACUCUCCACAGACCUGAAGCGCUGCACCUACUACGAGACAUGUGCAACUUAUGGACUCAACGUGGAGCGUGUCUUCCAGGACGUGGCACAGAAGGUGGUGGCCUUGCGGAAGAAGCAACAGCUAGCUAUUGGGCCCUGCAAGUCACUACCCAACUCACCCAGCCACUCGGCCGUGUCCGCCGCCUCCAUCCCAGCUGUGCACAUCAACCAGGCCACGAAUGGCGGCAGCAGCGCCUUCAGCGACUACUCAUCCUCCGUCCCCUCCACCCCCAGCAUCAGCCAGCGGGAGCUGCGUAUCGAGACCAUCGCUGCCUCCUCCACCCCCACACCCAUCCGCAAGCAGUCCAAGCGGCGAUCCAACAUCUUCACGAUAUGUGCCACUGUUUCCAACUUUUCAUCAACAAAAAGGCCUUUCCAACUCCUUCCAAAUUAGAAGACCAGGUGGUGACACAGCACCUCUGGACAUUGUCCCCCUGUGCGGGGCCGGAGGCGGGCCGGGCCUUGGGACUGCUCUCAGAUGAGAAGCGGCCGCCGUGCUCCCCGCUCCAGAGACCCACAGGAACCUUUGUAACUAACCCCCACCCCAGGGAAGGCUAGGAACCCCGGAGCCAGCAGCCGCGGGGCGCCUGGGGGGACCGGGGCCGGCCGGACACCGCCGCUGCCGCGCCAGGCUCGCUGCAUGGAGAAGAAGGGAGCUCAGCCCCGCACCCAUCGGCCAGGCCAGCGGGGAAGGGGGAGCCCGAGCGCCUGCUUCAGCCCAGCCACUCCUGGGGGGAGAAGCUUUCCUGCCCCUUCCUUCCUCCUGCUCCUUCCUGCAUGGACUUCUGCUGCUCCUGCUCCGGACGCCGCCGCUUGCCUUUCUCCCCCUCUUUCCGGCCUCCCCCUAUUUCCUAGGAGCCGAAUUCAGGCGGACUCUGUCCCAGGAGCCCGGCGGGGCACGCCCAGCCCCUCGGCCUCGCCUCUCUCUCUCCUCUCUCUCCGUCCACCGUGCCCCUCUGGCCACGCUGGUGUGCCCGACGCACCGUGCCGUGGUGUCUGUUGUAGACGGGCCAUCCGCCCGCUCCCUCCCGGACUCUGCUCCCCCAUGUUGUGCCACCGCCCCUCCCCCUGCCGCCCCCUUGCCCCUGCCCCCGCCCUGGGCCGUGCGCUCCUGUGCCCUCGGUAUUUCUUGUCCUUGCUCUUUUGUAAGAGGCGGCCCUGGCCCAGUGACCUGUGCUGCUCUGUACGGUGCCGUGUGUAAGAAUAAACCCGUUGGAAUA